UGUCAGUAAAACCUUGCUUGGGAUUCUUCUUUUCAGUUUUCAAGUGAAAUGAAGCUGCUUUUACCUUUUCUUCUUGCUGGUUUGUUGACUGUGACAUGCGGCGCCAGCAUAGAGCCGGUAGAAACAACGAAGCCCGAGGAAGUUGCUGAAGAAGCUGAGGAGUACCGCUGGAGACGAAAAGUAGGAGAAACCCUCGAAAGGGUUGGCAAAUGGCUUCAGGGCAAAUACUCGGCAGCAACAGAAGAGGAAGAACUGGAGAUGGCGCUGUUGAUUGCCGAACUCGAGCAGCCUGACGUCAGUGGGAAGGACAUCCUCAGCGAACAUGACGAAGAAGUUAACGAAGUUGACGAAGUUGACGAAGUUCAAGAUGAAGUGGUUCCUUACGGUCUGAGGAAGAAGUUCAGUAAGUGGAGGAAGAAGAUCGUCGACGCCGGCAAGAAAGUUGCCACGGCCGUUGUGAUCAACAAGGCUGCUGGUGCCGUUGUUGCGGCAACUGGAUAAACUCAAGAAACAAAUGAAUUUCGCUUUUAUCAUGAACUAGAAAAUAAAUUAUGUUCAAACUGAAA